UAUUUCUAGAGCAAGAUGGCGACCAGGAUGGUGGAGCGCCACAAGCUGAAGCUUGCUGAACUAAAGCAAGAAUGUCUUGCUUGUGGUUUAGAGACCAAGGGAAUAAAACAAGAGCUUAUCAAUAGGCUUCAGGCAUAUCUUGAAGAACAGGCUGAAGAAGAAGCAAAUGAAGAAGAUGUACUGGGAGAUGAAACUGAGGAAGAAGAAGCAAAGCCUGUAGAUCUGCCUGUUAAAGAGGAAGAACCUCCCGAAAAAGUUGUUGAUAUGGCAUCAGAAAAGAAGGUGGUAAAAAUUACAUCUGGAAUACCUCAAACCGAGAGAAUACAGAAGAGGGCUGACCGUUUCAAUGUGCCUGUAAGCUUGGAGAGUAAGAAGGCUGCUCGCGCAGCUAGGUUUGGAAUUUCUUCAGUUCCAACAAAAGGUUUAUCAUCUGACACAAAACCUAUGGUUAACUUGGAUAAACUAAAGGAAAGAGCACAGAGAUUUGGUUUGAAUGUCUCUUCCAUCUCUAGAAGGUCUGAGGAUGAUGAGAAGCUGAAGAAAUGGAAGGAGAGAUUUGGAAUUGUGACAAGUUCAGCUGGAACUGGAACCACAGAGGAUACAGAGGCAAAGAAAAGAAAAAGAGCAGAGUGUUUUGGGAUUGCAUAAUGAAAAGUUCAUGCUUUCUGCCCGCCCCAUAGUGGUUUCCAUUUCUCAGAUUAUCUUGGUUUUAUAUAUACAGACAUACACACACACACACACACACACACACACACACACACACACACACACACACACUUCCCUACCUAUCUGCCUACAUACAGAGUCAUGUGACUCACAGUGAGGAAGCAUGUACAUUUGGUACAUCCUUGAAUUCGGUAGCAGCUUUAUUUAACUGUUCUUCUGCAUUUAAGAUUGUUGUGGUUUUUGUUUUUAAUUAUUUUUGCUUAUUAAUAAAAGAGGA